CAAGAGACAUUUGUGUCCCUGAUGAUAAGGAAAAAUGUCUGGAACAGCUGGAGCCCUAAUCAUAUUAUUUUACAGUAUUGCAGAGGUAUCGCAAUCUGUCCACGUGAACCUCACAGCCACUGUCGGACAGAACGUCACUCUGCCAUGUCGAGCUCCAAACAACAAGGUGAUCGGAGUUGUAGAGUGGAACAGAGCUGACCUGGAGGAUCAGUAUGUGUUUUUGUUCCUGGACGAUCAUACUGAUGCAGCCAAUCAGCAUCCAUCUUUUAAGGGCCGGGUGGAUCUGCAGGACAGACAGAUGAAGGAUGGAAAUGUGUCUUUGAUUCUGAUCGAUGUGAACAUUAAUGACACUGGAACAUACGAGUGUCGUAUCAAGACAGGAACAAAUCGCAAGAGGAGAGCUCAUCUGAAGACCGACCCCAUCAGCAUCAUCUACCUGAGUGUUGUUGAUCCUCCAGGUCAGCCAGGAGGAACUGCUGGACGGACAGUUGGUCUGUCAGUGUUUGCGUUCUUGUUGCUGUUCUUCUUUUGAAUUAAAAAAAAAAUGUAAAAAUUAGAAAACAUCCUCUUCGUGGUAAGUUGCAAGUUCAGAUGUUUCACGUCUGUAAAUCUCCUGCUGGUGUGAUCAUGUCACCAAGCUGAAUGACUGAUCUGAGGACGGAAGAAUUUCCAGAUUCAAAGCACAUCGUGAAUGUUCCCUGUGAACCUCAAUAACUAUAGAAAAGACAUGUUGUUGAGGGUGUUAACAAAGUUUCAAGGAUUUCUGUUCCCAACUGUGCAGAGAAAUAUAUGUGACAUCUGGAUAAGGUUGCGUUCAGUGCUUUUCUUUGGCUUUAUUUCGAUGUAUCUUCUGACUUUUGGCUUUCAAAAUAAAACAUCUAAACCAUUAUUCUCAAAACCUGUUUAGAAACUUUCCUCUAAUUCUAAAAACUACUACAUACACAUGCUAACAUGUUGUUUGGUAUGUUCAUGCUGUUUGCAGACAUAUGUACUUAAUCGAUCUGUAAGUUAAAAAUAGUAGUGGUACAGCCUGCUUAUAGAAAUAAAUAGAAGAUAAAUAUGAUUGUAUGUUUACUAUUAUUAUAUGUACUUUAUACAUAUAUAUACUUACAUAAUUUUAGUGGAUUUGCAGCCAAUCUGAAUCAUAUAUUAAAAUGGCAUCUUAAUGUAUCAGGUAUAUGAGCAUGAAGCUUUGUGUGAUUUACCCCAAAUAAAAA